UCCCCGCUGUCCCCGGUGGCCCUGGUGGCCCUGGUGGCCCUGGUGGCCCUGGUGGCCCUGGUGGCCCCGGUGGUGGCAGACAGGACGCGCUGUGACAUCGGCCACCGGCCCGAGCUGUCCCUGCGCCUGGCCUGGGAGCGCGAGGAGCCCGGGGCGCUGCUGGUGACAAACGGGGGACACUGGGGACACUGGGGGGACGCCCAGUUCUGUCCUGAAGAGUCCUUUGUCGUGGGAUUCCAGCUCAAGGUGCAGCCGUACCAGGGGUUCUUCGGGGACGACACCGGGCUGAACGGGGUGCGGCUGCUCUGUGACACCGGCACCCACACGGUGACCUCCAGCGUGGGACCUUUCGGCGACUGGACCCCUCCGGAGCUGUGUCCGCCCGGCGAGCGCGUGGUGUCGUUCCGGCUGCGCGUGGAGCCGUCGCAGGGGCUGUGGGACGACGCCGCGGCCACCGACGUGGCCGCCAUGUGCACGGGGGGCUCGCGGCUGGAGGGGGGCGGGCUGCCCCGCGGCGAGUGGGGCCAGUGGAGCGAGCGCUGCGCCCCGGCCUGCAGCGUCUGCGGCGUCCGCGCCCGCGUGGAGCCGGCCAAGGGCGGCGACAACAGCGGCCUCAACGACCUCAAGAUGUACUGCUGCACCUGAGGGGGACUGGGGUCACCUGGGUGGCACCUGGGU